GCGCUGGACGCCGUCAUGGACCCGCUGCUGCCCGCGGACACCGAGGUGAUGGAGCGGGACGCGGACAAGGACGCGAGGAGGAAGAUCCAGUUCUCCGUGCCUUCCGCCGUGCCCACCCAGCUGGACCCGCGGCAGGUGGAGAUGAUUCGAAGGCGUAGGCCCACACCAGCUACCCUCUUCCGAUUGACAGAUCCAUCUUCACCAGAUGAAGACUGCAGCCCACACCAGUGGGUUCUGGGAGAAAACGGAGCCUUGAAAGCCAAACUGGUUCACGCCAACACCUACCAGCCGCCGUCACUCAAAGCUGUCCAGAGGAUGGCCCAGGCUCACAUGGCCUCCCUGGACAUGACCUCUGUGGACAGAGAGGAUUCCUCUUCAGGUGAGGAAGAGGAGGGAGGAGAGAAAACGAGCCGGCGGACAGACUCAGCUACCGAUCCAAGAGACGAAAGCAAAGCGCUCGGGGAUCAAUGCGCUCCGUCACACAUUUCCACAGCGAGUUCUGAUCCCAGCCAUCGCCGAGGAGAUGAAGGGGAGGCCAAAGAACGAGAGGAAGGAAAAGGGGAAUGACGGAAGCACGCUGCUCUUAUGCUGGCGAGGAACCGACUUCCACAGCACAUGUGUGGGCCAUGCUUGUGUGUGCAUGGGUGUGUGUGUAUGAGUGUGUGUAAUGUGGACGUAGGAGUGUGGGCGUGCAUGCGAGACAAAGUUGAAUGUGGAAAGGCGAGAGCGAACAGACGGGUAGAGGGGAAGGUCAGAAUUUUAAUGAGGAAAAGUUGAACACGGGACUUUGGGAAGUCACGUCUCGGUCGGCGAAAGGACACAAGUCAUCUGAGGACACGGCACAAGACAGAAGGAGAACCGUCGAGAACAAUGAGGUGUUGUGUUUUUGCAGGAUUCCACAGGAUUCGUCUGGGGCGAGUUUUUCCACCAAACUAUUCAUGUGUGAAGAAUGAUCAUUGAGAAUUACCUUCUCGGUGCCAAGUGUACACACUGUACAGGCCAUUUCACCACCCUGGUACUAAAACUCACACCUCGUGAACAAUCCGAAAUAGCAGGCGAUGCAAAUGGCUCGGGACAGGAACCCACAUAAUACACACACUUAACAUGUUUGAACUGUAGAAAUAAACAGUUUCUCAGUUCUGAUUGUGUAUAAUGAAAGUUUAGUGUUGUCGCAGCGCAGAAGCAGUGACAUUGAAGUAGUUGUUUCAAGGUGCCUCAUACAGAAAGUGUGAAUAACAUCCCGGGGUUUGCAUAGUAUAUGAUAAACAAUAUUAAAUGAUAUACACAAUAUGUUACAGCGUUAACAUUUUUUAAAGCCAAUCAAAAUGCAAUCACUGCUGCUUCUAAUUAUCAUCAUCUUCCGGUCUCACUCCCUCCCAGACGUUUACACGCAAGGUCAAGGAAAAUCAAAGCCGGAUGGAUUACAGACGAUUUUCGGUGCAGUCACAGCCACAGCAGAUUAGAUCACAUCAGCCUAAUCCAACUAAUCAUGAUAAUGCAGCACAGUUAUUCUGGUUUCAUAUCACGAAUCUCUGUGAGUUGGUACCUUAGGAGGAAGACUCGUAUUUUCAAACACAAUAUGUUCAUGAGGAGGAUUCAAAUGUUCAUUCACGAACCUGUAUAUAAAUAACGUUUUGUGUUGGUUGUUAAUAAAACAGUUUUAAUGGGCUGCGGGAGUUUGUGUCAUUGUAUGUCUGAGGAAUUCAAACACAACAUAUUUCAUUUUCUUAAA